AUGCAGGACGAGACGGAGGAGGAGGGCAAGGAAGAUGGUGCGGGCAGCGGUGCGGGUUCCGGCGGCGGUGCCGUUGCAGGUGUCUCCAAUGGGAAGGGUGUGGGGAAGGGCGGCAGCAGCACCUGGGGAAAGGACGAGAGGGUGGUGGGGAUGAAGGAGUGGAGGGUGCCCCCGACUUGCUACAUCUGCCACCCCCCUCUCGCGUCCGUGCAAUUCUGGGAGCAGCCCAUGGCCGUGGUGGCGGGGUGGCCCUUCCAGAUCCCGCUCGGCAUGCUCGAGUACGACCACGCCAGGAUCGCCUCGGACGAGGUCACCCCGAAGAGGGACACCAUCGCCGAGCACCACCGCGACAGGCGGGGCAACUUCGCCGCUUUCCUCUCAGUUCCGCCUGGAGAGCACGCGGUCUCCAUGCAGAACCGCGGGCUUCUGCGCUACCCACUCUGGGUGUAACCUCUACCUCUACCGCCACCGCCGCCGCCACCCGCGACGGCAUCCAGCCCUGCCGCACGGGGAGGAUACGAAGGCGACGAGACGCAGGCAUCCCCGUCUUCCCUCCGCCCCUCGGCGUCGGCGGCAGGAGGUCCCGAGACGUCGGUGGCCGCGGACGACGGAACGCGCGCCGGCGGUGACGGCGGCAGUGGCCCGGAAGACACGGCGGCGGCGGUGAGGGAGGAUGCUAUCGCUGGCGCCGCCGAAUUCGAGGACAACGUCGAGUCCGACCUGGAGGACACGCAUGAGUCGACCGCGGGCGAAGACCCAUCAGCGUUGGCAGAGUCAGAGGUUGUCGUGGCAGUGGCAAUGACUGCAGUGGCGGCAGCGGCGGCAGAGGCGGCAGCGGCGGCAACGGAAACACGACCGGCGGCGUCCCCGUCGUCCCCGCGGUUUGAGGAGUGGCCCGGGUUUCUGUGUCCCUCGUCAAGGCGUUUGCGCGCGCCGCUCCGGUGGAGAAUCCGAAGGGCCUGCUGCCGCCUUCGCCCGACGUUUUGAGGUUCAUCCACCAGGUGGCUAGCGCGAAGGCGGAGAGGACACCGGCGCUGUACGGCACGCUGGAUGAGCGCACUGCUCGCCGUAGGCUACAAGAACUCCAGUCCUUCCGCUCUCGAUAGGGAGCUAACAAUCUUGAGGACGAUGGAGCAACGCCACAGUUCGGCAGCCGCGCCCGGACCUCCGAUACGGCCAGAUGCCGAUGUUGGUGGCGGCGGCGGCGGCGGCAGCAGCGGGGGAUGCGUAAUUACCCUGGACUCUUUGAGCGCGCGGGAAGAAGAUGUCUUGGGGGGCGUCUUUGGCGCCGGGUCGGCAAUCUAAGGGGAGACCUCACGCGGCAGAGAGAAGACCGGCAGGCGCUCGCCCGGCAGCAUCAGGGGCGAGAGGAAGGGGAGUAACAGCAAAUGGUUGAGCGGCGCGAGGGAGGCGAAAAAAGAAGGGCGAAGGGACAGCAGCAGGAACGGCAGUUGCGUGCCUCAGAAGCAGCCGCAGACGCAGCAACCGCAACAGUUGGAGCACCAGCAGCCUUCGAACCCGCCUGCGUGGGGGGGGAGAACGAGAACGAAAUGCUAAGAGCAAUAGAGCAAAGGACGCGAAACCGAGACGGUGUCUGUUGUUGCGCUUCUUAUGCGGCGGGCGGCGGGAUGCUUCGUCUUGUCGAUUUGGUAUUGUUG